AUGCCACCACCACCAUAUGGUGAAUUUCCUCCACAAUCACAACCACAACCACAUAUCAUUGUCGUAGGAAAUACACAGUUUGGUUCAGAAUCACAACAUUUAACAUGUCCAUAUUGUCAUGCGCAGAUUAGUACAAGAGUUGAAACUGAAUCAAACAUGAAAACUCAUUUAUUUGCAUUACUUCUUUGCGCUCUUGGAUUUUGGUGUUGCGUUCCUUGUCCUUAUUGUAUUGACAAUUGUUUAUCUAAAAAACAUUACUGUCCAGCUUGUAAUGCAUAUUUAGGAGAAGCAAACAACUGA